AGUCACAGUAUGAAUGCAAUGAAACAGAUCAAAGAUUGAGCAUUCUGUAGUGCAUUCAAGCGGCUCGGGCAAGUCCAGCAAGGCAGGGUAGACGGAGAUGCCGCUCGUCGGUAUGGAGCUUAUGUGUCUCGCCCAGCUAGAGAGGAAGGAGAAAGACGACGUGGAUCGGCAGCAGCAUACCGGGACAUCAGCAAUACCCGUGCAGUGUGUUGAGAGCAGCAACACCCGUUCAUCAUUCCAGGUCGUCGUGGUAGAUGAUGUCUCUCUUGUAAGUGAAAUAUGGCCGUUUUCCCCUCCUACUCUCUCGGGUUUUAUGAGCCUCGAAGGUGGUCUCUGCCUCCUGAGCCUCCAAGGGUUCAGCACGCCCUCCCCUCCCAACAGCCUGGUUCGGCAUGAGCCCGGUGUAUUGGUGACUCUUCUCUUUGUGUGGCGUGGAUGAUUACAUCACUCCUGUCUUUUUGUUCGUUCAUGUAUUCUUGUUGCAGCAGGCCACGGUCUGCAGUUGACUUCCCAUUCUCGGCUAUGUUUGGCCGGGUAGCAUUGCUGCCAGCCCCAUUUCUAGUCCCACGAGUCCCAAUCUUCAUGGAUCCUGUCAGAUGUCGCGACCUGUUGGCCACCCACGUUCAACCAACCACCUCCCGAGUCUUCCUGUCACUUCCACCGAGACUACAUGGACAUUGCGCUACCUUAAGCUACCGCUCAUCGCCGAUGGCACUGUCAGUCCAUCUCGCAAUGGCCAGUGGCCUGACCAGGUGAUCCUGGUUGGCUCAUCCGACAGCAUCGAAUGACCGAGAGCGAUAUCGCCAUCCUUUAAGUGAUGAACUUGAUAUAAACCUGUCUGCCUCUGGCUUUGGACCAGAAGUAUGUUCCGUCCCGGACAAAAACAAACGCACUAAAUAUCAUUUUAUCAACCCAAUAAUCGUACCAACAUCAGAUCGUAUCUCUCCUUUCAGAUUUAGCCAUCUCCCACCGACUCAGUCAUGACUGACAUCAGAACAAAGGGGCUGUCGCAGCCCGUCGACGUCGCUGAAUAUCUCUUCCGGAGACUCCACGAAGUUGGGAUCCGCUCAGUUCACGGUCUUCCCGGCGACUUCAACCUCGUUGCUCUCGAUUAUCUCCCUGGGUGCGGUCUGAAGUGGGUUGGCAACGUCAACGAGCUCAAUGCCGGCUAUGCUGCCGAUGGUUACGCUCGUGUCAAGGGCAUGUCAGCCAUCAUCACCACUUUCGGUGUUGGCGAGCUUUCGGCCAUCAACGCCCUUGCCGGCGCCUACUCAGAACACAUUCCCGUUAUCCACAUUGUCGGAUGCCCGUCCACCGUCUCACAAAAGAAUGACAUGCUCUUGCAUCACACUCUUGGCAACGGAGACUUCAACGUUUUCUCCAACAUGAGCUCUCAGAUCUCGUGCGAUGUUGCCCGUCUCAACAAUCCAGCUGAAAUCGCCAACCAGAUCGACCAUGCUCUCAGAGAAUGCUGGAUCCGCAGUCGUCCUGUUUAUAUGAUGCUUCCUACCGACAUGGUCCAGAGGAAGGUGGAGGGCGAAAGACUGCAGACGCCCAUCGACCUGGAAGAAGCAAUCAAUGAUCCCGACAGAGAGGACUACGUUGUUGAUGUCAUUCUCAGGACGCUCCACGCCGCAAAGAAGCCCAUCAUGCUCAUCGACGCUUGUGCCAUCCGUCACCGCGUUCUGCCCGAGGUUCAUGCACUCCUUGACAAGACCAAGAUUCCUGUUUUCGUCACUCCCAUGGGCAAGGGUGCCGUAAACGAGACACACCCCAGUUAUGGCGGUGUCUACGCCGGGACCGCCUCGCAACCCGACGUUGCUGAGCGUGUAGAGUCUUCGGACUUGAUUCUAUCCGUCGGUGGUCUCAAGAGCGACUUCAACACGGCUGGAUUCUCCUACCGGACAUCACAACUCAACACCAUUGACUUCCACAGCACGCAAACCAGGGUCCGCUACUCCGAAUACCCCGGCAUCACCAUGCGGGGUGUCCUACGCAAGGUUAUCGCUCGCCUUGACCCGGGCCAACUAAGUAUUACCGCAUCGACGGGGGUGAUCAAGAGGGUGCCCAGCCCGAAUUCGGAUCCCUCACAAACCAUCACUCAAGCCUAUCUGUGGCUGAGGGUUGGCAACUACCUCCGCGAGAACGACAUUGUGGUCACCGAGACCGGCACGGCAAACUUUGGCAUCUGGGACACCAAGUUCCCCGCUGGUGUCACAGCUUUGAGCCAAGUAUUAUGGGGAAGCAUCGGCUGGUCUGUCGGCGCAGCUCAAGGUGCUGCGCUUGCUGCCAAGGAUGCAGACCAGGAUCGGAGAACCAUUCUCUUUGUGGGCGAUGGCUCGUUCCAGCUCACGGCACAGGAGGUCACCACGAUGAUUCGCCACGGCUUGAACACAACAAUUUUCGUUAUUUGCAACGACGGAUAUACCAUUGAGCGUUUCAUCCAUGGAAUGGAGGCCGAAUAUAACGACAUCGUCCAGUGGCAGUACAAAGAGCUCGCGACCGUUUUCGGAGGCACUGACAAGACAGUCAAGAAGUUUAUCGUCAAGACCAAGGAUGAGCUGGAGAGGCUCCUGACCGACAACGACUUCAACAACCCCACGACGCUGCAGUUUGUCGAGCUCUAUCUUCCCAAGGAGGAUGCCCCAAGGGCACUCAUCAUGACUGCUGAGGCUAGUGCAAGGAACAAUGCGAGGGCCGAGUAAGGUGAAUGGCAAAUACAUGUGGACUAAGAAAGGGUAUUCGGAAGUCAUGAGCUGGUGCAAAGGUUGACAACGGUUACUGUAGUAGACGCAGGCCAAUGUCUGCUUGUCUCCAAUUGAGCGUCAUAUGGACACAGACUCCGAGAAUGUGUGCAUGUUGCAGACAUAAUCCGCCCGACCUGGUUGGUGUAAGAGAGUAUCGUCCAAACAUCACAUCUUCUGCUCUUGAACUAAGCUCCCUCCACGUAU